AUGGACACAAGCGGUUUGACGCAUUCACUACAGUGUGACUCCACUACCAGCGGGAUAUGCAGUCUGCCAGAGCAGACCUGCAGCCAGAACCUCACCUUCAAGCUGGAGGCCCAAAACCCACAGUGCUCCAGUGCACCCAGUAACGCAGUCACCAGAGAGACAGCUCCCUGUCCUCCCCAAAAUGUAACAAACACAGUGGACUGUGAUCAGCACACGGUCCGUGUCUCCUGGGGGGCCGUCCGUGGUGCAGUAAUGUACACGGCCACGCUGGAACGGAUCAGCGGCGGCAGCGCUUGCUGCUCGUCCGCGGCCACUGGCUGUGACAUCACCAACCUGCCGUGUGGAGAAAUGCACGUCCUGCUGGUCACGGCCGAGGGGCGGACCUGCAACAGCUCACAGAGUGACGUGCACAUCGUCAGAACAACACCUUGCAUUCCUCAGGACCUCAAAGGCAAUCUGAGCUGCAGCAACAAUGUCGCCUCUAUAUCGUGGAACCAGAGCAAAGGAGGACAGCUUUACAGAGUGAGGGCAGUCAGUACUGACGGCCACCAGGACCAGUGUGUCUCUUAUGACAGCCAGUGUGAGCUGACAGGACUGCACUGUGGACUGCACUACACAGCCCAGGUGACAGCUGAGGACAUCGACUGCGUGAGCCAACCCAGUGACAAUAUCACCAUCAAAACAGUGCCCUGCACUCCUGCAUCCGUCUUGCCUGUGGUGAACUGCAAUAGCAACUCUUUGACCGUGUCCUGGUCCCAGAGCUUAGGGGCGGACUCCUACCUCGCCACAGUGCAGGACAGUAUCGGUGACACCACGACCUGCCAGGGCACGACACAGGGCUCGUGCAACGUGACGGGUCUCGGUUGCGGUCAGGUCUACCACAUCUCAGUGGUGUCCUCUGACGGAUACUGCAACAGUCCGUCCACUCCUGUGGUGGACAUACCCUCGGCCCCCUGCAAACCUAGAAAUAUCAAGGCAGUGUUUGACUGUAACAUGAAGCUGGCCAUAGUGACGUGGUACCCAAGUGAUGGAGCCGUGUGGUAUGUGGUGACGCUCAGCACCACGCUAGGUCCCAACGUCACCUGUGAGACCAACAGCACCUACUGCGAGGUGAACAGGCUGCUCUGUGGCCACAGCUACUUCGUGUCCGUCAGGGCGGUCGGACCGAGCUGCAGCAGCAUCCUUUACCUCAAGGGCGAUCUGGUAACUGGACCUUGCGUCCCGGUACAUAUCACCACUCAGUACAGCCUGUCCAUCGGCCAGGUGGAGUGGGACGUGGCUUCUGGAGCCACCAAUUACACUGUGAAGGCGAUGACGGAUCGGGGCCUAACGUCUACUUGUGCGACUAAUGACACCUACUGUGCCUUAUACAACCUGGUCUGCAGCCAGUUGUACAGUGUGACCGUCACGGCAAAUAACAACGCAUGUCAAGGAGUGGACACCUCAAACAAAACAGUCAUAAUCACCACGGAACCUUGCCCUCCCAGCAACGUGGAGACCAGCGUCCAGUGCCAGACUCAAACUGGCACCGUGUCGUGGGAGCCCUCUGUUGGAGCAGUGAGCUACAAGGCCAGUCUCAAUGGGCGCAAUGGCCAGGCCCUGUCCUGCAGCACCAACGACACCUUCUGCAGCGUGGAAGGCUUGAACUGUGGCAUCGUCUACUACACCAGUGUCAUUGCUGUGGGAAACACGCUCAGCAGCAUCGCCUCCACCUUAGUCUCACUGGUCUCAGCUCCGUGUGCAGCUGCGAAUGUGGCAGCUAAGCUGAACUGCAACAACAGCACAGCUGAGAUCUCCUGGAGCGCUGCCAGCGGAGCCGUCUCCUACCUGGUGACGGCGGCAGCUGCUGACGGCAACACGGCUUCGUGUGAGACUGUUGGGCUCCGCUGUGAGCUGGUGGAUCUGCUGUGCGGUCAGACGUACAACGUCACUCUCACAAGCAUCGAUGAGCACUGCCAAACCGAGAGGCGGGCAAACGUCAGCUUUAGAACACCUCCUUGUACACCUUUGCACGUUGGAGUGGACCUGCAGUGUGGCACCAGUACAGCCAGCUUGUACUGGGAGGAAAUGCAGGGAGUGGAGCUCUACUUGGCCACUGCCUCCAGCAGCCUGGGGAUGACUCUGAGGUGUAACUCCACCAACUCCACCUGCCAGUUCUCCAGUUUGCACUGCGGGGAAACGUAUGUCUUCUCUGUAACUGCAUUUAGCAGCAUGUGUUACAGCAACAGCAGCAGCGCUGUGACCAUACAGACAGAACCCUGCCAGCCAACUGGCCUGACAGUUCAUGGCUCGUGUUACAACCAGACGGUGGUGCUGGUUUGGUCUGUGGCUAAAGGGGCGCUUGUAUACGAGGUGACGGCUACAGGAAACUUGGGAUAUGUCGCAUCUUUCCAAACCAAUAAAACAACCGUACAGGCGGAGCUGCUCUGUGGACAGCUGUUUACCUUCACCGUAAAAGCACAAGAUGAUAAAUGUGAAAGCGCCCUGAGCGCGCCUUCGACCUUCAAGACAGGCCCCUGCAUCCCUGAGAACGUUCAGAGCUUCACCCGCUGUGAGAACAGCCUCGGCUCAGUCAGCUGGGCCAGCAGCAACGGGGCAGAGUCCUACUUGGCCAUCGCAAAGGGACUGGACGGCCACCUCCACGUGUGCACCACCAACACCACCAGCUGCACGUGGAAGGACCUGCACUGUGGCGAGACCUACACCGUUCAUGUCGUCGCCAAUGACCAGCUGUGCAGCAGUUUACCAAGCAACAGCACCUCCAUACGCAUGGCACCAUGCAUACCCCAGAAUUUAACAUCAUCUAUGAACUGCUCUAUAAAGGUGGCAACCCUGACCUGGAGUGCCAGCAGCACAGCAACGUUCUACCUUGUGACUGCAGUGAACACAAACAAGAGCCACACGGUGCAGCUGAGCACCAAUGACACGUGGACCUUCAUCUCUGAGUUCCAGUGUGGUCAGCAUUACUUCCUGUCUGUCCAGGCUGUGGACUCUGUGUGCACCAGCCUCCCCAGUCCAUCAUUACAGCAAACAUCAGUGCCCUGCCCACCCACCGGAGUCUCCAGCUCCAUGAACUGCGCCUCCAACAUUGCUCUAGUGUCGUGGAACGGUUCAGCCGGAGCACUGUUCUACAACGCCUCACUGACCCAGGGAGUCGCCCAGUCGCAGGGCUGCUGGUCUGACAGCCAGCAGUGUGGUUUACCCAACGUUAACUGUGGCCAGAACUUUACAGUCACUGUCACUGCCUUCAAUGGCCAAUGCUACUCUGACCCCAGCAAGGCCAACACUCUGACAUCAGUGCCUUGUGUUCCUGUUAAUGUCAACGUUGUGAUGGAUUGCUCUGCAAACCAAGCUCUUGUGUCCUGGAAUGUCAGUGGCGGAGCUCUGUCUUACCAAGUGACAGCUCAGAGCACACAAGGAGCUGUUUCCUUCUGCCAGACUAGAGACAUAAAGUGUACUUUGACCAACUUGACUUGUGGACAGUCCUACUCGGUCCAGGUGGUGGCACAGGAUAACGUCUGCUCAAGUUGGCCCAGCCCAGCUAUAACGUUCAGCUCAGUUCCCUGCAAACCCAACAUCAGCUCAGGGACUCUGGACUGUUUCACCAACUCGGCUCUGGUGAACUGGACCCACGCACAGGGAGCCUUGUACUACACCUCCACGGCCCGGUCUCUGAGCGGCUUUGUUUCCACCUGCAACUCCACGUUCACCAACUGUGAGCUUCGGAACCUGCAGUGUGGCCAGACAUAUAACGUGAUAGUUGUGGCCUCGAAUGAGAACUGUAAUAGCCCUCCAAGCAGCAGGAUCCAGGUGGUCUCAGUACCUUGUCCUCCUCAAAAUGUUGUUCCUGUACUGGACUGCUCCACUAACCGAGCCCAGGUGGUCUGGCAGGCCAGCAGAGGGGCUGAUUCCUACAUUGUCCAAGCCUUCGGGGAGGAAGAACAUGAGUCUGUUUGUAAUACGAGCACACAGACCUGCGACCUCACAGAUCUCAGGUGUGGCUUCAAAUACAACAUCAGUGUAUUAGCCAUUAACAGCAUGUGCAACAUAUCGGAGAGUGACAUCAAGCAGCUGAAAGCAGUUCCUUGUGUCCCGCAGCAGCUGGAAGCCUCUUUGAACUGUGAGUCCGGUGCUGUGGCCGUGUCCUGGGAGUCCAGCGCAGGCUCGUUGUUAUACACCACGGUGGCUCAGGGCAGCGGCGGAUACGCUGCAACCUGCAACAGCAGUGACACAACAUGUGUGUUCAACAACUUGCUGUGCAGCCUCAACUACUCCAUCAGCGUCCACGGCUCAGAUGAGACCUGUGCCAGCGCUGAAAGCCCCGCUGUGACAAUCAGCACACUGCCAUGUGUACCGCAGAAGGUGGGGGCGCAGAUGAUUUGCAUGAACAACACUGGCGUAGUGUCAUGGGAGCAAGAAGACGGCGUGUCCUCCUUCGCAGUACAAGGUUUUGGACCCGACAGUCACAUGGUUGGAUGCACCACCACUGGUACCAGUUGCCAGCUACCCAGCUUGCACUGUGGGGAACUCUACAACCUCACAGUGACUGCUCAGGAUGGAAGGUGUGACAGCAGCCACUUCGACCUCACCCUGCAGUCAGUGCCGUGCAGCCCCACCAAUGUCAAAGCCUCCCUGCGGUGCCAGUCAAACUCUGCUGCAGUGACGUGGGAGCAGGCCAGUGGAGCAUCGUCUUACUACGCAGUGGGCGUCACAGCCGACCCGAGUCACCAGCGAGUAUGCAACAACACGCUGACCUACUGUGACCUGAGCGACCUGCAGUGUGGCCAGACCUACAACGUCAGCGCGUUCGCCCAGGAUGAGUCCUGCUCCAGUGUGCAAAGCAACACGGCGUAUGUGAAGACAGCCCCCUGUGCGCCGCAGAACGUGGCUGCUGUGUCCCACUGUGCUGAAGGGGCCAUAUCGGUGUCCUGGUCCCCCAGCCCGGCCGCUCAGUACUUCCACGUGGCAGCAGUGAGCAACACCGGAGCACGGCCCCAGUGUAACUCAACCAGCACCACUUGCACGAUAAGCAAUCUACCGUGUGGACAGAGCUACAACAUUACGGUCCUGGCUGUGAGAGAAGGCUGUGAGAGCAAACUCAGUGACGUGGUGCAGACAUCUACAGCUCCGUGUGUACUGAAGAACGCAACGGGCCGCCUGGACUGCAUCUCCAACUCCGUGUGGGUGACGUGGGACGACUCGGAAGGAGCCUUGAGCUACUUCGUGUUUGCUCAAGGGCCCAAAGGAGACAACUCCAGCUGCAGCACCUCCUCCACCACCUGUAAGGUGCCAGAGCUGAAAUGUGGGACGCGUUACUCCUUCCACGUCACGGCCAUCAAUAACGUCUGCAACAGCAAUGGCAGCUCCUCCUUUGAGCUGGAAACAGGUGCGUGUGCUCUGGGCGCUGUCAGCGCAGUGACGCAGUGCGGCAGCGAUACCGUGCUGGUCCAGUGGCAGCACGCGGCGGACGCGACGCUCUACGUGGUGACCGCCGAAGGCCAAGACCAGACCUUCAUCUCCUGUAACAGCUCCUCCAAUUCAUGUCAACUCCAGGGCGUCCGCUGUGGCAUGCAGUACAGCAUCAUCGUGUCGUCCUCGUCUAAUAAGUGCAGCAGCCUCAGAAGUCCACCGACCAAUAUUAAAACGGCCCCGUGCGUCCCAGCCGACGUGACAGUCACACAGCUGUGUGAGGUGAACGGAGCUGCAGUGAGGUGGAGCGGCUCCUUCGUGGCCACGUCGUACCUGCUGACAGCCACGGGCCGGGACGGACACGUCGCCAGAUGCAACGUCUCCGACAACAACUGCACGCUGGCUAAUCUGCACUGUGGCCAAGCAUACACCAUCAACCUCACUGCCAGUGGAGACAACUGCACGAGCGAGCCCAGCACUUCAUCCAUCAGCACAGUGCCGUGCACGCCGUCCGGCCUUACUGUGGACACAAACUGCUACACCAACUCGGCCUCGCUGUCCUGGAACGCCGUGGAGGGCGCCGUGCAGUACUACAGCCAAGGCCAAUCUGUAGAUGGAAAUGUGCUCUACUGCAACAACAGCGUCUCCUCCUGCACAUUCAAAGGCCUGAAGUGUGGCGACGUUUUCAAUUUCUCUGUUCAAGCCUCCAACGGUAUCUGCAACACGUCGUCUAGUCCACUCCUGAGUGUGGGAGCAGUCCCGUGUCCCCCGGCCUCUGUUCAAGUCCGGCUGCAGAAGAUGGAACAGGCCUACUGGACCAGGACCACGUGGGACAGCGUUAACUGCUCCGAUGUGGACUACCUGGUGGAGAUAACUGGUCAAAUCAAAAACAACACGCAGACUCAGCUGCAGGUCUCGUCCUACUGGCUGCCCAGGAGAUACUUUGAGAUCCCCCUGCCGUGCAGCACUGCUUUCAGCCUCACCGUACGCAGCAGAAACCCUGCUGGGGCUGGCAAACCCUCCAGUGCUGUCACUGGAAUAACAGCCCCCUGUCCUCCAGAGAACGUGAAGUACAGCGGUAGCGCCCAGUCGGCCGUGCUCUCCUGGAAUGGGUCGGUGUUUGCCACCAGCUACACAGUCUAUAAUGUAUCUGGACCAAAGCGCACCGUUCUCUGCAACACCACCGCCCUGUCCUGCCAACUCACCAACUUCAAUGCCAGUGCCACUGAGAUCACAGCAAGCAACGCUGUGGGAGAGAGCAACGCUAAUCGAAAUAUUACAGGUCCAGUAGGAGCUCGCACCAGAAGAGAUUUAUGGGACACUGAGGUCCAGGCCCAUAUAAAUGAAGAUCUUAGAGCGCCAGAGGUGCUGAUAGUAACAGUAAGUGGUGUCGACAUGUAUGUGAAGUGGGUGACUGUGAAGAAUGCAACCGAGUACGUGCUCGUCAUUGAGAAGGAUGAGGAGGAAGAGCAGUCCAAUCAGCAACCGACAGUAAAAACCGUGCUAGGUGAUAAUUACAAGGAGACCAAUCUGAGGCCCUGGACCACCUACUGCAUCAGACUAGCAGCCAAGAAUGCCACGGACCAAAGCAGCUACUCCAGACCAGUGUGUCGGAAAACCGGAGCCUCCUUAUGAAAAGUUAUACAUUAACUGGACUCAGCUAAAUAGCAUCAUAUCAGUUACAUGUUGGUCUGACAGGCUCUUGCUGCAGUAGCUCAGGUCAAGGUCAACCUCCAAGAACAUUAAGGAUAAAACUGUAAAAAACAAACUAUUACAACUGCAAAACUAAAAGACUAUUCUGAUGUUUGGGCUCCACUCUGUGACAAAUAUGUGAUUAAGCUUUAGGUUUGAAGGCUCAUGAAUCUGUGCUAGCAGUGAUGUUUAUAUAGCACUUUCUUAUAAUUGUGCAUGAUAUCAUAGCAAUUUCUAUUUACCAAAGCAUUUACAGGGUGUUGGAUUCUCUAGGUGAUUAUUAAGAUAAAGAAGUAGUGUAAACACAAAAACAGAUAAUUUAUAAAGCAAUGUUUUUACACCAUGCAGUGUGUUUUCUGAAUGAUGUAUCAUAUGCCUCCCUUUGUGAAAUCUGAUUUUUUUUAUUAAUCUGGAAAAGGAGGGAAUAAAUAAAAAAAUCAACACCACCGCCUCAUCCUCCCUCUGCUCUGAACCUCCUGCCUCUGUGAUGGGUCCUCCUUCACUGCCCUCAUCAGCCUCUGCAGUUACCCUAGAAAUAACCCUGCCCUCCACCUCAACACCCAAGAAAUUGGCCACUUCUCUAAU